AGCUGGCUCCAGCUCAUUGUGUCCUGACUGCUCUGUUGAGGGUAUCCUUUGUCGCCGCAGUGGACAAGCUUCUAAGAAAGCCCCAAGGUGACCUGCAGUGUCCAGAAACCGAAGGUGUGCAGAUGGUUCUUGUCUGAGGAAUCCUGCAGUUGUAAAGCUCCUCUCCUGCCUCCUCCCUACUCAGUGUUCCUCAGCUCACCAGAGAAAAGGAAUGGCUGUCAGCCACCUCCCAGCCCUGGUCCAGGAGGGAUUACAAUGGCCGUGAGUAAGAAAUUCCUCAAGGCAGAUAUCCCUAAAACAGAAUCAGAUCAAUGGAUAACGAAGGACAGAGCCACCAGAGAGACUCACUGGGUAUGUGCUAACUUGUUAGAUUGGCAAUGCCAGGAAGGUCAGGAGGUCAAGUCGCAGCAAGUGGUCCUCACCCAACAGGACACUCAGUUAAAGCUCAGUGAACAGAAAGUCAAGGGUUCUGACAAGAGCCGCACAGCGAGCUCAUCACCCAUCCAACAUCAGAGAUCUCAAGCAAGCAAAAAAUCUUUUGAAUGCAGCAAAUGUGGAGAAGCCUUCUCUAAGAGUUCCACCCUUAAGAAGCAUCAGAAACUUCAUACUGAAAAAUUCAACCCAAGUCAGAAAACACCAAUGAAAGAAAAACGGUAUGAAUGCAGAGAAUGUGGGAAAACCUUCCACCAGAGUACACACCUCAUCCAUCACCAAAGAGUUCACACUGGUGAGAAACCAUACGAGUGUAAGGACUGUGGCAAGACAUUCUCAGUGAGCUCUUCCCUUACCUACCACCAGAAAAUCCAUACCGGAGAAAAGCCCUUUGAAUGUAAUGUCUGUGGAAAGGCCUUUAUCCGGAACAUACAUCUUUCCCACCAUCGCAGAGUACAUACUGGAGAGAAACCUUUCCAAUGCAACAUUUGUGACAAAGCCUUUGUUUGCAGAGCACAUCUUACCAAACACCAGAACAUUCACAGUGGCGAGAAGCCCUAUAAAUGUAACGAGUGUGGGAAAGCCUUCAGUCAGAGUACAAGUUUUCUGCAGCAUCAGAGAAUCCAUACUGGAGAGAAACCCUUUGAAUGCAAAGAGUGUGGCAAGGCUUUCAGGGUGAAUUCUUCCCUUAUUGAGCACCAGAGAAUCCACACUGGGGAGAAACCGUAUCAAUGUAUCGAAUGUGGCAAAGCAUUCAGGGAGAACUCAUCCUUUGCAAGGCAUCGGAAAAUUCACACUGGAGAGAAACCUUACAGAUGUGGCUUGUGUGAGAAAGGUUUCAGGGACCAGUCAGCCCUAGCACAGCAUCAGAGAACUCACACCGGGGAAAAGCCUUACACGUGUAACACAUGUGAGAAAGCCUUCAGUGACCAGUCAGCCCUUACCCAACAUAAGAGAAUUCACACGAGAGAAAAACCGUACAAAUGUAAAACCUGUGGGAAAGCUUUUAUCCGAAGCACACACCUCACUCAACACCAGAGGAUUCACACGGGAGAGAAACCUUACGAAUGUAACAAAUGUGGGAAAGCCUUCACCCAGACUGCAAACCUCAUUCAGCAUCAGAGGCAUCACACUGGAGAAAAGUGAGAGGGAGGGAGUUCAUAAUGCUGUGGGGAUGAUGUUGUCAAUUACUGAAUAGAAGACAUGAUCACAAUGAAGUCUUUUAUCAUCAUGGUUAUAUUUACUGGGGCCAGGUUUCAUCAUGCUGAGGGUCUUGAGAAUCUUAAGAAUGGUGAACACGCCUUACUCUUCAGUCUGCCUCAGCUGGAUAGUAGUGCCUUUUUGUUGGCUUGAAUUACUAUCAGAACCGAAAUGAAAUGUCUUUAAAAGUAUAAAUAUCAGUUUAUCAAA